CGUCUCGCGGCCACGGGCAGAAGAGCGCCUAAUCGCCGGUGAUAACGGCCGCCAUCACGAGGCGAGAUGGCGUGCUCUGGCCUAAGAUGCACGGCCGGCCGAUUCGGGUGUUUUACCAUCUUGCUAUGUGCCGGAGUGCCGUGCAAAUUUGCGCGAUCGCCAGACGCGUGCACCAUUUGGGAGUAUAUAGACCUGCCUACGCGUGCAUAUACGCUACAGAGAUAAAGAAGAUAACACAAGAUCACUGGUCCUACAGCGUGGAUCUGCCAUCUCAAAAAUACCCCAAAUAAACACCAAUUUCUACCCAAACACCGCGAACAUGCCUGGCCGUAUCGAUCGUUACGAGGAGGUGACGCCCACCAAGGAGAAUCUGGACUGGGCCGAGCUCAUUACUCUUGACCUGAGCCUCUACGAGCAGCCGGGCGGCAAGGAGGAGCUUGUCAAGCAGCUCGACCAUGCCGUGCGCCACGUUGGCUUCUUCUACGUGAAGAACUUCAACAUCUCGCAGGAGGAGGUCAACCGGCAGUUCUCGCUGGGCAAGGAGUUCUACGCGCUGCCGCUGGAGGAGAAGCUCAAGUACCACAACCACGACGACCUGGUCAGGGGCGAGUACAACGGGUACCGGCCCUCCGGGCUCCGCGUCAUCGGAAAUGGGGUCAAGGACAACAUCCAGGUCUAUAACAUUCCCAAGUUCGACGGCUUCCACCAGCGCGCACAGCCAGCCGUGAUCCAGGAGCACAUCGAGGAGGUCGAGGCCUUUAGCCGCAAAUGCCAUAGCAAAGUCGUCGUCAAGCUCCUCCGCCUCUUCGCCCUCCUCCUCGAGCUGCCAGACGAGGACCAACUAGUACGCGACCACCUAUACGACGUCAAGGGCGAGGACCACUUACGGUACAUGCACUACGCGGCGCGCAGCGCGGAAGAGAACGGCAAGGUGGGCGACCUGUACGCGGCGGGGCACACGGACCUGGGCACGGUCACCCUCCUCUUCCGGCAGCCGGUGGCGGCGCUGCAGAUCCUCAACUCGGAAGGGAACUGGAAGUGGGUCAAGCCGCAGGACGCGACCAUCACCAUCAACACGUGCGACGCGCUCACGGCGCUGACGGGCGGGCUGAUCAAGUCGAGCAUCCACCGCGUGCACGCGCCGCCGGCCGAUCAGUCGACCGUCGACCGGCUGGGGCUGCUCUACUUUGCCAGACCCAACAACCACGUCGUGCUGGAUCCCAUCCAGAACAGCCCGCUACUCAAUCGGCUGGGCCUGACGACCAACGCCUUCACCGAGCUGGGCCAGCACCUGACGACCGAGGAGUGGGUCAUCGUGCGCCAGUCGCAGCAGCAGCGCCGCAAGGUUGAGGCCAAGAUCCUGCCCGGCGGCAAGUACGAGUACAAUGAGAAGGACCUCGAGAUCAUCCCCGGGCUGACCGCCAAGAUCUACAACUGAGAAAUCUUGGGGCUUCUCGGCAGGGAGAAGAUGAUGUGGCUGGCUGAUGUACGUGUAGUCUUGGGGCACGACGCGAGCAUUUGUUGGACAGACGCCCUCUGGAAACAGCGGACUGCGCAGCCGAGGGAUGGGAUGGAGUGGUACUACUUGGCGCAAUCUUCCCCGGGUAGUUUGCAAAUAGCUGGUCGCGGCUCUCGUGUGACGGGUGUAGGCAGCGAAUCACAGAUUCCGAUGGCUCA